UAGUAAAAUUAUUGCGCAGUUCAUCGUUGGCGCUUGUUCGGUGUGUGUCUCUCUCGUCAUGUCCCAAUAUAAAGCCAAGCAUCGAGAGUGUGUCAAACAGUUCAUUAUUGCCUACAAAAAUGAGCCAGCUUUGUGGAAAAUCGACUCGAAAAUAUAUCACGACCGCGACCAGAAAGCAGCAGCCUACGGGAGACUUGUUGAAGUUCUUAGGCGGAUUGAACCCGGGGUCAACAGGCAGGACGUUGUGAAAAAAAUAAACAGUCUGAGAAGUAACUACCGCAAAGAGCUGAGAAAGAUUAGGGGACCGCGCCGGUUUGGGGAGGAUGAGGUUUACGUGCCUAAGCUGUGGUAUUUCAAGCUGCUAGGAUUUCUGAACAAACAGGAACCGGUGGAUACAGCUCAGUCAGAAACGGACGGGAAUGAGCAAUGUGAGGAGCUUCAUGAGGGCUCUGAUUCGCCUAAUUUUGUCUUCGUAUCGACAUCGCCAAAAAGUGAAGAAGUGAAACUUCCACGCAAUUUGGAUUCGCCUGAAAAGUGUGCGGAUCAAACUGUUGAAACCACUUUGGAUCCCCAUCCGAGGUUUGUCAGUAGCAAAAUUGAAACUUUCGAUGCACCUACACCACACCAGGAGAUGUCCCCGAUUGGUGACCUCCGCGAAGCGCAGCUCAAUCGAGAAGAUCGAUUCGAUGUCUUCGGCAAGCACUUAGCAAUGAAAUUGCGAGAUUUGUCAAAGCAGCAACGGAUCAUCGCUGAGAAGCUCAUAAGCGAGGUGCUGUUUGAAGCGGAGAUGGACUCUUUGACCGUCACCCAUCGAGUAGUCGGUGGUUAUAUGAAUCAAACUCUUUAAGUGCCUUCGUCAUUCGUCUCAUUUCGGGAAGAAUAUUAAAGCUAUUGAGUGCAUUCGUGA